AUGUCCUCCCGUGCGAUUCGAAAGCUGCAAAAGCUGCGUGAGCAGGAGCUGCAGCACAGCUCUGAUCAGGAAGAUGACUCAACCGACGAUAAUGCCCCGCAUGCAAAGCCUACUUUCAACGCUUUCGACCUUCUGAAUGCCGGACUUGGAGAUGAGGGUGGCGAAGAGUCAGAGCCAGAGGAGAAUGAGGAAGAUGCCCCCUUGGACCGUGCUGCACCUGAGCCUGCUCGACCCCGCCCGCCCAAAAGUGCCAGCAAGAAGAAGAAGAAAAAGGCUAAGAAGACCAAGGCGCAAGCUUCAGCGCAAGACCCAAAGCAAUCAAACGAUGCUCAGCUCGACGAGAUCGAUCGGGCGUUGAAAGAUCUAAAUGUUAAGGCGCCAGCGGGGGCCGACUUCCCAACGACGACGGCUAAUCAACACAACAAUUACCCUAAAACCACGAGCGAAGUCCUAUCCAUCGAACCCAAGCACCUCAAUGCCACUAAUGAAAUGCGCAAACUUUUUGGAAAUGUCGUGCUGGAGAACUUUGAAGAGGAUACAGGGCCGCGCCGCCGUCCAGAUCGGACUCAGAACCUUCCUCUGAAUGAAGCCCUCUUGGGCAAACACUGUCCAGCAAGUCGAGGGAAGUCCUUGAAGGGAACAAAACUGCGACGAAAUGCUCUCAUGCAAGGACACGAUGAUUGGCCCUUCGCCCCAAGUGGCGGGCUAGGCAUGAUCGUGGAUAAUAGCCUUAGCCCCAACCCCGACUGCACAGUCUACAGAAUUGUCCACAAUACGGCAUACAAGGAUGUGCAAAAUCAAUUCGACAUGUGUGUCGAGUCCAUGGAGCCCCAGCGGUUGAUUUCCCUGCUUCAGUAUAAUCCCUACCACAUCUCCACCCUCCUCCAAGUGUCCGAGCUUGCCAAACACCAAGGGGAUCAUUCUGUGGCUGCCGAUCUUCUCGAAAGAGCGCUAUUCAAUAUCGGUCGCUCUGCUCACUCUUCCUUCGAAGCUCGCUUAAAGGAAGGCCAGGCUAGACUCGACUUCUCGUGGUUCGGGAACAGAGAGCUGUGGCUUGCAGGGUGGAGAUACAUUGCGAAUCUGGCCAUGAAGGGCACAUGGCGAACAGCCUAUGAAUGGUCGAAGCUACUCCUCGGCCUGAACGACUCCGAUCCCUACUGCAUGAGGCUGUUAAUCGACCACCUCACUCGGUUCGUGGAUGAAUGGGCCGAUCUGCCUAACAUUCAAUGCUCUUUGGUGAUUGCAUACAUGCGCCUGAACAAGCCUCAGGAAAGCCGGCAACAGCUGCGCCAUGCUAUGUCUUGCUACCCGUGGAUCUUCACUCGUUUAGCGCAAGAGCUAGAUUUCCAGCACAUCCCGAAGGAGAUCUGGGGUGUAACGCCUCCGGAUCAAGCCCAUGAGCUUCUGACUGAGCUUUACAUUCUCCGAGCCAAAGACCUGUGGAAUACCCCUGAGGCAGUCUCUUUGGUUGUUGAAGUCGCCGACACUCUGACCGAAAAAGUCAAGGCCGAAGCACCAGCGAUCACGCUUGACAUCGCUCGCCAUGUCAUUCUGUCGGAUAAACCCAGCGUGACAGCUCACGUGCCCCCGCGCUUUUUCCAGGGUCGCAUGUCUGCAUCCGACCCUCUGCCUCCGCCAAGCGCCGAACCUGAGGCCUUCCACAGAGAUGGCACUAGAUCUGAUCUGGCCGCUCGGCUCCGUGACGAAGCCCCAGAGUGGGUCCGCAAUCUCUUGAUGCAAAUGGACCUGCGCGCUCCACGCGCUGGUCCCCGUCCUGAUGGGGAUGAAUGGGACUUUGCCCCUCCGGAGCCUGAGGCGAACGAAACGGACGAUGACGAAAUUCAGGAUUGGUCGGACGAGCAUUCUGAUGCACAUGCCAUUGACUUGCUCGCGCGCGGCCUCAGGGGCGAUCAGCAAGCAUUGUUGCGCUGGCUUGACUUCGAAGGCCUUGAAGCCCUCGAAAUGUUCCUCCUUGAGUUUGGUGUGGACCGCGGCAAUUGGAAUGACGUGGACCGGAGUCCUCUGAUGGAUUAUCUGGAGGCUCUCCAGGCGGUCCGGCCCGAGUCAGUCCGCGUCGGGGUGCUACGGAGAAUUCAAGAGACAAUCGGGUCAUUUGCAAGAACUAUUCUCGAAAACGAGCUUCAGAUGCUGGAGGAUGGUGAUUACGAGGCUGAGGAUUCCCUAUGA